AUGGAUAGGCGAAUCACGGAAUUGGGAAUCGAUAUGCGGAGUCAACUUAAAAAUGAGUUGAACUCUACUGAAAUCUUUGCCAUUCAGGUGGACGGCUCAACAGAUGUUAGUACUGUAGAACAACUGUUGGCAUUCAUUCGUUUCAUUGGCAAAGAGGACAUUGAAAGAGAUUGGAAAAAAUGUGUAGCGAUUUCUUCCGACGGGGCUAGUUCGAUGACAGGGAUAAACGUGGGAUUUGUUAAAUAUUUCAAAGUAGUCGCGCCGAACUCUUCUUGGUAUCACUGCAUCAUUCAUAAGUAUGCAUUAGCGGCAAAGUCUAUGCCUGCAUUAUUGAAGGAAGUGAUGGACGAUUCGGUUAAAAUAGUAAAUUUGAUCAAAAGUAGUUCUUUAAAUAGUCGUUUGUUUGCGGUACUUAGUGAAGAAUUGGGAGCGGAAUUUUCUCAAUUACUGUAUCACACUGACGUGAGAUGGCUUUCCAGAGGCAAGGUUCUUAAUCGAGUUUUUUGUUUAAAAGAUGAAAUUUAUAUUUUUUUAAGUGACUCUAAACAUGAGCUAGCUCACAAAUUUGACGACAAAUUGUUUUCGGACAUUUACAUUCUUUUAAUGUCAAUAUGCAAGGUUCAUACGCAGACAUGA